AUGGCUUUGAAUCCUCAACUCUUCCCAAACGGAAUGCCAGUUCCUUUCGUCAGCGAGAUGUUUGUAUUGGCAAGAGAUGGCGUCGAAUUUGAGGUCGACAAGAUUCCCGGCGCUGGAAGUCACGGGGGUCGUCUUAAAGCAAAGGGGGUCAUAUAUUUGUCAAAUGUGCGGAUGGUUUUUGUUGCUAAAGAUCCUGUUGAUGGCAUUGUGGCUUUUGAUAUGCCUUUGCUUUACAUCAAUGGUGAAAAAUUUAACCAACCAAUAUUUCACUGCAACAAUAUUUCUGGAUUUGUUGAGCCGGUAGUUCCAGCUGAUCAACAUAGAGCUCUUUACUCCACACACUCAUUUAAGAUCAUAUUCAAAGAGGGAGGCUGUGGAACUUUCAUUCCUCUUUUUUUCAAUUUGAUUGCUUCAGUGAGACGGUAUAAUCAACUUGCUAGUGCGCCUACAGAAUCCCGCAUCGAUCCUUUGCCAGUAUCUCAGGCUCCUGUCGAUGAGAUGAUGAGACAUGCGUAUGUUGAUCCUAACGAUCCAACAAGAAUAUUUCUGCAGCAACCAAAUACCGAUUCUCAGCUUAGGCGUCGAACAUAUCAGCCACAGACUGAUGGGGGUCAUGUUUGA